AUGCAUAAAUACCUUGCUGCAAUCUUUAAUCAUAAAGAGUCAUAUUCUUGUGUAAAACUAAGUCUUGAAAUAUCACAACAAGUUUUUCAACAUGUCUCUAAGCAAGGACAACGAAAAUACAUACCAAUUCUUAUUAAUGAUGAGGAUGUACAAAGUUCUUGCUUGCAUUUUAUCUAUACUAUGGGUGAAAGAAUAAUUGCUGAAAAAUUUCAGAAUUAUGUUCAGAACAAUGUUUUACCACAUGUUACUAGUUCUCGUAAACAAAUUACUCAGCCAAUAAUCUUUCUUGAAGAUCUUCCUCCUGAUGAUUCUAAUUAUAUCUUUCAUGGUCAACCAAAGGGUAUUCAACAA